AUGCCAAACCAAGGAAGUAUCAAUAAUAUUAAUACCGAUGGGAGCUACACAUAUCAUAAUGACAAGGCAGGGAUUGGGGGGAUAGCCAGAGACUGCAAUGGGGAUUUUGUUUUUGCUUUUGCUAUUCCUAGCCAGUGCCAAAAUUAUAAUAUAGCAGAGGCUUUGGCUGCUCAAUAUGUAGGCCAAUGGAUCAAAGAUAACAAUCACAGGUUGUGCACAAUUGAGAUAAAAAACUCUUUGAUUACAGUGAAUAUGCCGAAGAACAAGAAGACCAACAACCUGAAUUUGAAGACUUUUGUGGAUGACACUGUGGGCUUGAUUGAUGGAGCAGAUGUUACCUUCUCACACUGUUAUAGAAAAGCUGAUAAAGCGACUGAUUUUCUAGCAAAAAUGAUCUACAGAUCAGCUGUGCACGUAAAGAUUAAAGCGACAUUUGAAUUUAUUUUAGAGAUCAUGCUCGAUGAUGGUCAAAAAUUGUAUAAAGGAUUAGCCAUGUAUCGACUAACUACUCCUACUGCUUGUGCAAUGUUGGGUCUUGUACAUACCAUGGAGAACAGUAAACUUCCCACUACUGAUGUCUAUGGAACUACCAUUUUAAAUGCUGUGAAAAACACAGUCCAUCCACCUACACAAGUGGUCUACCAGGAUAAUCCAGACGUAAACUUUGUCAAGUCCAACCACUUCUCCUAUGCCAUUGUUGUCGUAGGUGAGAUACCCUACGCAGAGAUGUUUGGUGAUAGUGCAAACCUUACAAUAGCUGACCCUGGUACGAGCAUCAUACCCAAUGUCUGUGGGGUUGUGAAGUGUGUGGUAGUUGUCAUUUCUGGGCGUCCAGUUGUGAUGGAGCCAUAUCUUGUAAAUAUAGACGCCCUCGUGGCUGCUUGGCUUCCGGGAAUUGAAGGACAAGGUGUUGCUGAUGUUCUGUUUGGAGACUAUGGAUUCACUGGCAAACUCACGCGCACUUGGUUCAAGUCAGUUGAUAAGCUUCGCAUGAAUGUUGGUGAUCCACAUUAUGAUCCUUUGUUUCCUUUUGGAUUUCGUCUCACUACUGAGCCACUUGAGCUAAAAUUCACCAAUGGGCCCGUACCAUUAACUCCCUCACUCUCCCAAUAUCCCUACAAACUCCCAAUAAAUGGCUCCUACACCACCGGGAGAUGAUCGGUUA